AAGAUUUUUAGUCACGUGAUGUUUUUUGACGCUAAAAAUGAGCGUUAAACGUCAGCGUGAAAAGGCACCUUAAAUGCUUUUCCUAAACUUCCCCAAAUGAUUUCCAAAUUAUAUAAAAAAGAAUUAUUUAAAAAAUAUUCAAUUCCAACACGAACAAACCUUACAGGUUUGUUCCCCAAAAUUUUUUGCACUUUAAACGAAAUAAAUAUAUACUCAAGCGCUGGAAAAAGAGAGAAGACGAAGAUGUCGAGUGCGAAAAGUGCAAGUAACGCGAACAGGUUCUAUAUUCAAGCCAAGCAUUGAAGAGAGAAAGAAAGAGAGAGGAGAGAAGUAAAGAUUAUGAUUAUCAGAAAACACAAGUGAUCGCGGUGAGCGGUCAGUGAUUAUUGGUUUUUACUAUUGGAUCUCAAAAUUUAGACCAAUUAUAUUAGCAAAUUACUUAACUGUUGUGCAACGGUUGUGUUUUCUGAACGUAGCCUAAAUUCCAAAAAGUGCAAACGACACGACAAAUCUAUUAAUUUAGCUUAUUGGCUUAUAUGGUAUAUGGCGAUUUAUUUUUUCUUAGCUGUGUAACACCUGUAUAAUAACAAUUUAAUUGACAUCAAUUGAUAUAGAAAUAUAUCUUGUUUUUUGAACUUUUAUUUUUACAAAAGAGAAGUAAAUGUAAUGUAUGUAAGUUGUAGAGUCGGUUGUUCCAACUUCUUGGUAAAUUUAUCUACCAGGUAUCAUACAUAAGAAGAAGAACGAGAACACAAAUAAAUAGUGGCUGCACAUGGUUUAGAGAACACUUGUCGAUUCACGAUUAUGUACAAGAUACUCUAUUAAUAUAAUACAUCUUUUUCUAAACCAUUGUUGAUUAGUUUUGAAGGAAUCAUGAAUCUCCAAAAUGUUAUUUACCUAAUUUCUUUGAGAAACAAUGCUUUUAUAUGGAAUGCCGAUGAUUGGCUGAGGCUUCGACGGAAUCAUAGAAUAAUUGGCGAGUUAGUGGGUACUUUCCCAAAAUCAACUAGGCAAGACAUAUUUUUAGGUCUCCCAUUGCUUUUGUUGUCAGAGGAAGUUACUCUAUUGCUUGAAAAGAAAAUAGCUUGUCUUGUAGAGUGCAAAAGUCUAAGGACACUGCCAGAUGAAUCGUUAAGCCAAAGAUUUCAGGAGUACAGAGACAAACUGUUCCUGGAGCAAGCAAACUGUUUGAAAGAGAAUAGAAAGAAACAGAUUACCUCUAUGAUGGACAAGAUUGUGGAAGGAAAGAAGCGUAAAAUGUUAGGCUUGCACACAAGCAAAAAGUAUAUGAAGAAACCAUUGGAUAAGAAAACGCAGGAGACCUUAGAUAAUAUUGAAAUUGAUACUGAAAGUUUACUCGAAGAGGAAUUGACCAAAUUGCCUAAACUGAGCAAAAAUGAUGCACUUGUUCAAAUACAUACAGCAUAUCCAUGGUCUAGCAAAGAUGAUAUAAAGAUAGUAGAAUGGAAAUAUCCACUUACGUCCGAUCAACAACUCAAAUACAGAGUGUAUAAAGAUCUUUGGGAGAAGCAAUAUUAUAUCACCAGUGGAGAAAAAUUUGGCGGCGAUUUCUUAGUAUAUCCAGGCGAUCCGAUAAUGUUUCACUCACAAUACGUAGUACAGUGUAAACGCAAAAAUGAAGAAAUACCUAUUACAGACAUUGUGAGUCAAUGCAGACUCAGUUGCCAUGUUCGAAAGACGUUAGUAUUUGCUACGUAUUACGAAGAAGAAGAUGUAGUGAAAUAUCAAUCUUUACAGUGGACAGAAUGUAGCACAUUAGAAAAUAGUUGAUGUUACAAAGAAUCAUUUUAUUUACGACUUAAAAAAAAUACUUAUCAGUCAUUAAUAAAUAAUAUAUAUUAAAUAUAUAUAAAUUUAAAAAUUAAACACUACCACUGUCAGAGUUAGAUUUCAGUCCAUAAUAUUUCUCACGUGAAUUUAUAUAUUAUGUAUUUGUAUGUAUAUUUAGUUCAUCAAAAACUGCGUAGCAAAUAAUUGUAAUCUAAAGUUUUUAACUGAUCAGAAUUAAAUCAAUAAUUCUGCAUUUCUAGACAAAUAUUUGACACGCAAUUUGAAAAACUAAAAAAAUGUAUAUAAAUCCACACAAAUUGAUUAUUAAUUUUAUAAUGCUAAUAAGCACCUGUUAAAUAAUUUAUCGUGAAAUAUAUCACUUUAGCCAGUA